AUGGUCGUCAGCGUCAGUAAUACUUGUGCGAAGCAUGCAGUGUCAGAAAUAAAUUACCCUCGUUGCUUCGCAAAAGAACUUACAAAAGAGAUUAGGGAAAACGCGAAUAAUAGUGAAUGGGAAAAGUUAAGAACCAACUUGGUGGAUCUAAGCAAUAACACGGAUAAUUUGUUUGAAAUAAUGGAUGAACAUAAAAAAGUAUCUGUUGAUACUUUAAAUCUUUUUGAAGCGGUUUUAAGAAAAAAAAAAUUAGGUAACGAAGUAUGGGUUGUAGUAAGAAGUGCUAUCAAUAGGAAGAUGAAAUUUAAAAAGAUGAAUUUUAAGAAAGACGAAAUAGAAUUUAUUUCAAAGUUGGAGAAGACGUUAAGUAGCGUUAAGAUGUCUGUUGAAGAGUUCGAGUUAUUGAUGAAUUUGAAAGCAAAAAGUAAUGCAGAAUUUCACAAAGGUGAAGACCAAGAUCCGAAAAUAGUUAAACGACAACUUGAAACGACAUUGCCUGACGAACUACAAGACUUCAAGAACCGCUAA